AGAGAUCAGAUCAGGCGGCGAAAUGGAGAGCAGAAGAACUGGGGGGGUGCGCGAAAAUGUUGCGGAGACAUGGCGAGGUGGCAUGACAAAAUAAAGGGAUCUCAGUUCACCUAAGGGAGUUCUCCGGAGCAGGGCAGGGCUGAGGAGUCGAGCUAACUGUCUGGAGGAUUUUUGUUUCGCUUUGCUUUGGUCGUACCUCGUCUAAUCGGUGCGCACACUACGUUUGUGCUGGCCAGGAUCUGCAGAGAGAAGUCUGUGGCUAACAACCCAGUCUGACAGGAUAAAAGGCUUGCACCCGAGAAAACUCUGAGGACCAAAGAAAAAACAAAAAAACAUAAACAAAAACACCACUCAGGAAUCUCAUAUACUUUAUCAGUAGCUCAGUAUGAGUCGAGAUGGGUGGGCUAAGAAGAGAGCCAGUGCUGGUGAUGACAAUGGUUGGGCUGAAAGGGGCGGCUACAUGGCUGCCAAAGUCUCCAAGCUGGAAGAGCAGUUUAAACUUGAUGCCCCCAGAGAAAAACAGAAGGAAGGCAAAUGCUCCAGCAUCUUCAGCGGAGUGGCCAUUUAUGUCAAUGGAUAUACAGAACCAAGUGCAGAUGAGCUACGCAGACUGAUGAUGCUGCAUGGCGGCCAGUUCCACGUCUACUACUCUCGCUCCAAGACCACCCACAUCAUCGCCAAUAACUUGCCCAAUAGCAAAAUUCAGGAGCUCAAAGGGGAAAAGGUCAUCAGGCCAACGUGGAUCACAGACAGUGUCAAGGCUGGGCGUCUCCUGCCUUAUCUACAGUAUCAGCUGUAUACGAAACAUAAAGGCCCACUCUUCCCUGGCAUGACUCUGCGUCAGACCUCAGAGGUCGCAGGGCCGAGCCAUGGGCCGCUGCAGCUGAGCGUCCAUCAAAAGCUUAACCUGCCACAGCGCGGCGUUCAGCACUCUGUUCCCAACCAUGAGCAGUCCUCAUCCGGCGACCAGAAUAACACUAGCCAUAACCCCAGCCACAAUCAACUCUACCAAGACAACAUCCAACCUCAGUUCAUCCAGCACAGCUCUGCAGCUUGCUUCAUUAACCCUCAACCAAGUCUCUUACCAUCCAGUCACCUGAAUGUAGAUACCAGACACAGAAGCCCUUUACACACCCACCCACUGUCAAACCCAAGCUCCACAAAGCCCACACAGUCUACUCUUCAAACACCUCAUCGUAAUCUCCAGCAUCAGAGGGGCAGCCAACCACAACCUCAGACCAGCUCUUCUUGUAACACUCGGCCAAGUGGUUGCAAAGAAGUGGAAUUAAAAAUAAAUGGAUUGUUGCAGACCUCAUUGGAUGUGAUGAGCCAUUCAAAAAUCAACGACAUGCAAGAGUGUGGCAAAGAAGAUCUUUUCUCACAGGUGGUGAAGGAAACACCCCUGACCAAUGGACACACUCAUCUUCUUAAUGGUGCCUUAAAGUCAGAGGACCUGUCCCCUGUUACAGAUGAACCCUCUAUUGACAAUGAACUGCCUGAAUGCAGAGUAAAGAGUUCAGAGGAUAAACCUCCAAGGCCUCCAGUACAGUUUCAGAACAACCCUGACCCGUAUGAGUUUCCCCACAGUCCCCCAAAGCAGUCUGACCAGUCCCCUGUCUUUCUGGAGCAGUCCAGCUCACAAGGAGUCAAGGAGCAGAGUCCUAAACCUCCACCACCCAUCCACCAGGAGGCUAUAAAAGCCACUGAAACCCACAUGCUCCCAAAACCGCUCCAGCCAUCCCUUCUGUUUGAUUCAAAUGCUGAAAAGACUCCUCUGUCCCCUGCAUCUCGCUCUCUUUCACAUUCUCCAAUUCGACUUAACGGAAGUCACCACAAUGCCUUUUCAUCUGAUCCUGCCUCAUUCAACACAACCAACAUAACAGCCAAACCCGAUCUUCCCAAUGACAAGUCACCCACAUUGUCAAAGUCUUCAGCACAGCUGCUGGCAGAGACAGGUGAUCUCAUCUCGGAGUUCUACUCUCGCUCACGUUUACACCAGAUCUCCACGUGGAGGAACGGCUUUUCUGAGUACGUCAAUGAACUGCAUAGCAAACGAAAAGCAGCAGGGGGUGCCUCCUUUCCCGGGAAAGACCGACUGAGGAAAUCGGUGGCCCCGCAUUCUUCAAACAGUCAAGGUACAUCGGCACCCGCAGGUGUUAAAUCUUGUAUUCUUCAUGUGGACAUGGACUGUUUCUUUGUGUCUGUGGGGAUCCGACAUCGACCAGACCUCAAAGGAAAGCCUGUAGCUGUGACCAGUAACCGUGGACAAGGCAAAGUGCCCCUGAGACCCGGGGCCAACCCUCAGCUGGAGCAGCAGUACUACCAGAGGAAACACACUCGUCCCCAAACAGAGACAAAUGAUGAUGAUCUACACGUAACUCCUUCACAAGAGAGCCCUGACUCCCAUGCCAAUGGAGUGGACCCUGAAGCUGCUGCUCUGUCAAUGGCAGAGAUUGCAUCCUGCAGUUAUGAGGCUAGGCAGGCGGGCGUGAGGAAUGGGAUGUUUUUUGGCAAAGCAAAACAGUUGUGUCCCUCGUUGCAAUCUGUCCCAUAUGAUUUUGAGGCUUAUAAAGAAGUGGCUCUCACCAUGUAUGACAUUUUGGCUGGUUAUACCCAUGACAUUGAGGCUCUGAGCUGUGAUGAAGUGCUGAUAGACGGCUCCUCUCUGCUAGCUGAGCUGGACAUCAACUCAGAAGAUCUUGCCAAAGCUAUCAGAGCAGACAUCAAGGAGAAAACAGGAUGCUGUGCUUCAGUGGGCAUGGGGUCCAACAUCCUGUUGGCUCGGCUGGCGACCCGAAAGGCCAAGCCAGAUGGGCAGUACUUCUUAAAGUCUGAAGAAGUAGAUGAUUUUAUCAGGGACCUGCCAGUGACCAGUUUACCAGGUGUUGGCCCUGUUAUGGGCAGAAAGUUGGCUGCUAUGGGCGUGAGGUCAUGUGGUGACCUCCAGCAGGUGGCUCUGUCUCAGCUUCAGAAGAAGUUUGGACCCCGGACCGGACAAACCCUGUUCCGUUUCUGUAGAGGGCUGGAUGAUCGGCCUGUCCGCUACGAGAAAGAAAGAAAGUCUGUCUCGGCUGAGAUGAACUACAACAUUCGCUUUACAAGGACUGAUGAGGCAGAGUGUUUCCUGACAAACUUGUCGAUGGAGGUACAAAAACGUUUACAAGAAGCAGGGCUGCGGGGUCGCAGAGUUACCCUCAAGGUCAUGGUUCGCAAGGUUGGAGCCCCACUGGAACCGGCUAAAUAUGGUGGUCAUGGCAUAUGUGAUAACCUAGCCAGGACUGUGAUGCUCGCUCAAUCCACUGACAGCGGUCAGCUGAUUGCCUCUGCAGUUAUCAGGCUGUUCCAUGCCAUGAAGUUACAGGUUCAGGACCUGAGAGGAGUCGGCAUCCAGGUUCAGCUUCUUGAGGGAAAUCACUCUGUCCCCCAGGACUCCACAGGCCACCGGACACGCUCCAUCAAAGAGUUGUUGCUAGGCCAGGGACUGAGUUCCCGAUCCCACAGCAGAGGUGCUGCAGACAACAGCUCACAUCAGGAAAAGACUUUCACAACCACAGCCCCAUCAUCUGGCUCCUCUCCACAUCCUCUUUCCUCGCCUGAGCCAGUCCCAGGGACAAGCAAAGACCAACAGGCAUCCAGACGAACUCCGAAACAUUCUCGAACACGUCUCAAUUUCAGUAUUGAAGUCCCGUCUCCUUCACAGGUGGAUCGUGCUGUGUUGGAGGCCCUGCCUGCAGAGCUAAGAGAACAAGUGGAGCAGUCAUGGGCGCAUCGGGAUGGGAGACACAACAACCGUCGGUCCCCCAGUCCACAGCCCCCUGCUCGCUCUGUGAAUUGUAGUUCAACUUCACCUCCUCCAUUGGCCUCUGGACCUGCACUGUACAGUCCACCUGUAGGAACGUUGGUUCUGCAGAUUCCAAACCAGCCAGACAGUCCAGGAAUUGUACUGGAACUACCAAACUUCUCACAGGUUGAUCCAGACGUAUUUGCUGCACUUCCCAAAGAGCUCCAAGAAGAACUGAAGUCUGCCUAUAACCGCAUAACUGUCCAGCCUCAGUCAAAAAUGUUGGAGCAGAAGAAUCCGCUGUUGCAGCUAAAACAGUCAGGAGCAGGAAUCGGCAUUGGUCGUGUGAAGCGGCGCUACAAGAGAAAAAAUGCAGUGAGUCCCAUUAAAAAGGGACCUUCCCCUGUGAAGAAGCGUCAUGCAACAAACAGCCCAGCCAAAACCCUACCGCCCCUUACAACAUCACGGGAACCAAUAAACAUAGUAAAGGCUGAAAAUGGUCCCUCCACAUCCUACUUAAAACCGGACAUCCCAGAGUCUCUGUCAAAAUUCAUUCCUCGUCCUGCUCCAUCAUUAGCUGGAGCCUGUGACCUGAUGGAUAUUAAAACACUCCUACGGGAAUGGGUCACCACCAUAACAGAUCCCAUGGAGGAGGACAUCCUGCAAGUGGUGAAAUACUGCACUGAUCUGAUUGAGGACAAAGAUCUGGAGAAGUUGGAUUUGAUUAUAAAAUAUAUGAAAAGACUCAUGCAGCAGUCGGUGGAGUCUGUUUGGAGCAUGGCUUUUGACUUCAUCCUAGACAACGUGCAGGUGGUAGUGCAACAGGCUUAUGGUAGCACCCUGAAGAUAGCAUAAAGAAUGAGGGAUUCUGUUUUCACUGUUACCUUUACCAGUUUUUGUGUUUCUACUUUUACAAGGUCAUCUGAAAUACAAAUCAUGAUACCUAAAAGAUGAUUUCCCUCCUUCUCAGUUGUGACACCACUGCCACAGCUGCCAAUUAAUGACUUUACAAAAACGCAAUAUGAAAACAUGUUACAAGGCCCAUGGCAGCAUUUGAUGAGAGUAUUUACAGUACAGUAUUUUCUGUACUUGCUCUUUAAGGGACAAGUAACACAAACUGAAGGGAAGGAAAUGUGCUUACUGUAGAAUCUACUAAUCAAAACCCAGAACAGGGAUAAUUGUAGCAGCAUUUUUCAUAUGGAAUUCUCUGUGCCACAUAGGUUUGAAACUAAUGCCAAGACUUAGUCCCAUACAUAUGUGAAAAAUUAUGGAAAGGUUUUUGCAGGUAGUACUUCACUACAUCUUAUACAUCCAGUGUAAACCAGGCCUUAAAAGAUUUUGAAUUUAUAUUUUCCUGGUAGGUAUUCUCCAUCUGAUAAAGCAGUGGACCUCUACAAUAUGUCUAAGGAUUACAUUAAAGUUAUAUAUGAGCAUAGUGUUAUACAAGGUUAAUCUUUUAUUCAUUAGUUCACUUCAUUCAGUCUAGGUUUAAAAGGAUGACAGUGGUAAACAUACAAAACAUAUUUUAGUGAUUUUGGAAUUGGUUAGUUUCAUACCACUCCCCAGACAUCAAACCUAUGAUGAUCUCAGAAGUGAUAGAAAUAAAAUCAUCUUAUUUUUCAUGAAUGUUUCUUCAGAGUCUCGUGCUGACCUGUGAAGUAUCUACUACUUCUGUGUCACAAAAAAGCAGACAAAAUACAGCCUGGUGCAUACAGUAGUAUCUUUUUUUCUUGUCUCUUGCAAAAAAGAAAGUGCCAAAUCUUGUUAUUAAAAUAUGUAAAUAAUGUUUUUAAAAAUCCUUGCUAAAAGUUCUAAAAGAAAAGGUGUAUGUAGAGGGCUUACCUCUUGUAUUGUUUACAUGUAGUGAAUUCUUAGUAACUGUCUCUAAAUUGUAAAUCUUCUCACUCUUUAACUGUUUGUACGUGUUCCAACAUGGAAAUCAGAAGCUGGCCAAAGCACUUCAUAUGAGGUUAACUGUUGAUUCGCAGUAGCACUCUUAUUUUGGAGGAUGUUGACUGGGGUUAUGGCAAUCAAUAAGUAGCCUAUGCAUUUAUUUUUUUCUCACAAACAAAUGAGAUGUCCCUUCAAUAUAAUGUAAUAUUUCAUACAACCUUUGUACUUGGAGUAAAUCUUGGAAUUCCAGUGUGUUUGCACUGGUUUCAUAAAUAUGAAUAUUUAAAUAAUGCUGGAUUUGCAUAAGAACAGGAGGUGUUUUGUUUUUUGUUUUUUUGUAACCCAUCUUGUGUACUUCACCUGCUUGAGACAUUUAUAUGGCUUGUGGCUACAUCACUGUAUUUCUGUGAAGUGAACUGUAACGACGGUGAUGAUGGUGAUCAGAAGAACUCAGCAGAUGCGGUUGGCUGGCUGGCUUGUGAUCUCACAAUGCAAGACGUGCGUGUGGUUGAAAAGCUUGUUUAGAGCAGUAUCCCAAUAUGCAAACCAAAUCAACCUGUCAUGUUUUUUUAACUUGUUUAAAUGAAUGUAAUUCAUAAUGUGCAAGUGUCCACUCAUUUUCAAGAUGUUGCUUCUCUUCACCUGUUAACUCUUUCCAGAAGGGAAUGGCCAGGAGCUUAAAUUGGCCAGACUUGCCGUCUCUAAACUGGCUUGUGCCUGAAGACCUGAAGCUGUGAACUUGUUUGUAAGUUUUCUAAAACUUGGUAAUAAACUGUAAACUCUGUAUU